GGGAACCGAACAACAUGGCAACAUCAAAGUGUGUGAAGGCAAGGGGAAGCGCUGAAUGCAAGUGGUACACAACAAGCUGCACUCAACUAUACCAUUUUCUCUGUCAGUAUCCAACAGAAAAUUUGUUCCCAAUAUCCCAGGAUAUUGAUCAGUUCAGUGACAUUACAACCGAAGUUUAUCCAGUAACUACAGGAAACACUUGGGGCAACUAUCCACUAACACCACACACAGGACAUAUAAAGCGAUAUUUUAACUUGAAAGCUGAAGAUAUCAAACCUCAAAACCAACCAUAUCAUGUAACACAGUGCCACAAUGAAGUUCGUUGCGCUAGUUUGUGUGUCAGAGACCGACAAUGUGUCACGUUUGUAUUCAAUGGUUCUAAGUGUUCACUGUACACCUCGUUUAGUUCUGGCUCAGUAAAUAAUGUCCCAGGUAGUACAAUAUGGAUAUAA